AUGAAGCCCAGCGGCAAGCUCAGCACCACCAGCGGCGGUGCGGUGUCUGCACCACCAUCGUCGUCUUCGUCGCCGUCGCGCAGCGUGGUGAUCCACGUGUUCGACGAGUACCGCAAGAGCAGCAAGGAGUUCAUGUGCCAGCGCGACCUGCUGCUGGCCAAGAUGAAGUACUUCCAGGCGUACCUGAACGAAACCAACGAGCACGACGAGAUCGACAUCUCGGUGCACUGCGACGUCGAGAUCUUCGAGCUGCUCAUGGAGUACAUGCACCAGCGGCCCGAGCACGAGUGGCGGCCGCGCAUCUCGCUCGAGAACAUCGCGUCUAUCCUCGUGUCCUCCGAGUUCCUGCAGAUGGAGGAGCUCGUGGAGGAGUGCGUGGCCUUCAUCUCGACGCGCGUGCAGGACUUCAUGCUGCUGCGCGUGGACUUUGGCUGCCUGUCGGACGCCACCAUUGCCAAGAUCGCCGGCAACUGCACGCCCGAGCAGCUGCAGACGCUGCACGACCCAAAAGAUAAGAUUCUGUCCAAGCUCCGGCGGAAAAAGGUGGAGGCGCUGGUGAAGAUACUGCAGGAAGGCGGUCGCCGCCUUGAGUUGUGCGCGAACUGCGAACUGCUGUUCAUCAAGGGCGACAGAGAGAGUUUGGGUUGCCAGAAGGGGAAGCGACAGAUCGGCGUGCAUGGAGAGCUG